AUGAGGAGGACUCCGAAAUGUCCGAUGGGACCCCCGGGUCGAGUGUGUCCAGCAGGUCCAGCGAUGCGCAGGGCAUUGCACCAGCGGGUCGUAGCAGGAUGUAGCAGUUCCCAAGACUCCUCAUGUGCAGAGCUUCGUCAGAGCCAGCCAUCAUUUGCCUUCUGCUACCAUCAGGACCCUGAGAUUGAGACCACGUGCCGCAAUGUGGAGGCAGCCUGGGAGGAAAAGUAUUGGUCCGUCGAGGCUGCCCUCCACGAAGCACGCCAGGAGCUGGCAUCCCAGCAGAGCCGUUGUGCCGAGCUCGAGUCGGAGUCAGGCGCUCUCGAAGCCUUUGCCGGGCAAUUGAAGUCUGAGCUGGAGCUCAUGCGAAAGCAGCUGUCUGACCUGGAGCAGCCGCUGGAGAUGCAGAAGCGCGAACCACGCGAGACAUGUGGCGCUAACUCUCCGGCAGUGGUCUUGGAUGGAAUGCAGGGUGCAGCGCAGGACCAGUCAUCUUUGACGAAGACCUCGGCAACGGCUUGUUCCGAAUGUCCAUGCGUCGGAGCCGAGGAAUGGGAUCCUUACAGGCUCCUGUGGUCGGAUCUGUUUCCGUACCUCGCGGUGCAUGAUCUGGUGCGCUGGCGCGUGGUCUCCAAGCAGACCAGGAGCCCCAAGGCCUUGCUCGAUCACGUGGCCGAGAUGGGCAGGCUGGACAGGUCCGAAGCAGUUACUGAAUUUGCCAAUGUUGUCAUGGCCAUGAAGAGUGACAACCGCGACUUCAGCAUCACCACAGCCUGUGGAAGCAAUGUCGAGCGGCAGAAGUUCUUCGGUUGUCGUUUUUGGUGUCUGGUGCUGGCAAAGGCCAGGGCAACCCAUUUUGAUGAAGCUGACGUCCGCCGCAUCCUUCGGAAGAACGUUCGAGACUUGCUUGGGCACUGCCGAGCCGCAGAUUCAACGGUACGAAAGGCUGCACACCAGACUCUGACCUGGUAUGGAACUAGGAGCCUCCCAGUUGUGCAGCAGCUUAUCGCAAAUGACAUGCUGGGCCGGAUGGAAGAACUGCUUUCGGGGUCCAGCAAUGACAGCAGCUUGCCGAAGGUGGUGCCCUGCACGGGUCACCUUAGCAAUGUUGUGAAGUCACUUAGCAAGCUUCAGCGGCAGCAGUGGGCGUCCCUGUUGUUCAGAUUCCUGCGUCAUCAGCCCGCGUGCCAGCAAGAAUUAGUUGAAGACCUGCAGAUGCUUUGGCUAUCUGAAAAUGAUUGCCGAAGCGGCUAA